AUGAGGACACACAACGUCGCCACCGACCACCCACGACCAUUGACGAGCGCCCAGGAGGUGAAGACGACGUGGCAGGUGUGCCACGUCAUCCAGACGGUGACGACGCAUGCCAUCGUCACUGUCCAAGCUGAUCAGGGGCCACGUCGCUGUCUGCGACGUGGCAACAAUUCGACGACACGACACAACAACAACAGGGCACGACCACAACAGAACGACACCACUGGGGACGAGGACGGUGCCACGUCACGACGCAACCACGACCGCCCACCGACAAAGUUGAGUGCCCACCAACAUCAACGACCGACCGCCCACAAAGGUGAACGACCCCCCACAAAGACAAGUGCCCAUGACACGACAACAACCAAAUCCGCCCACCCAUGA